CCUAUAAAUAUAGCAUAAUUAGAGUCCCAUUAAUAAACAUCAUUUAGUGAACUUCCUUGUUUGGUAACAUCUUUCAAUUUUCUUAUCACUAUCAUGGCUGCAAGAAAUAUGGAGGUUGAAUACGUAACUGACGACUCCAGGAGAAAGGAAACAUUCAGAAAAAGGAAGCAAGGUAUCAUUAGGAAGAUGGAUGAAAUCAGCACCCUUUGUGGAAUUGAAGCAUGUGGUAUAAUAUAUGAUGAAAAAGAAUCACAACCAACAAUUUGGCCAUCAAAAGAUACAUUUCAUACAUUGUUGGACAGAUUUAAAAAUCUUCCUGAAUCGGAUCAAAGAAAAAUGAUGUUGGAUCACAAGGGCUUCUUGAAGCAGACUAUAGCAAAAGAUCGAAAGAAAUUAAUGAAACAAAAGCACAUCACCAAGAAAAUUGAAAUGAAUAAUUUACUUGAUCAUUUUAUCCAAACAGGAGAGUUUGAUGGAAAUGAUUUGAGUGAGAGUGAUCUCGAAGAUUUGUCAUUGCUUAUAGAUAACAAUCUAAAAGGAGUCGAGCAGAUGAUGAUGAAAUAGAUUCACGCAAAAGGGUAUUACCCCAAUUGUUCAUUGUCUUAGAUCAUAUUUCCUUUGAAAAACAUCAUUUACUGUAUUUAUGACAGUCAAAUGUAUUGGAUAUAGUGUUUAGACCAAAUAUAUUUAAGUUUUUAUAUAUGUUUCAAUCAAUUUAAUGAAUGUUAUUUUUAGUUUUUUUUUUGUCAUUAUUUAACUUUAUUUAAAUAUGUAUUUUAUUGUUAGUCAAAAUAACUUCCUGGUUUAAA